AUGUGCCGUCAGGGCUUUGAGUACCCCUUCAACGACCUCUCUUGGUUCUUCGAUGGUGAGACGAUGGAACGCGAGUAUGAACUGAAGCUCCUGGGCAAGCCAAGUCGUUACGAUCUGCUCAAGUGUCGACAGGGCGUUGGAUCGCGGCUACCGAACAGUAGGAGCACGGUCUUGCUUCUGUUGAUGCUAGUAUGGGCUGCGAUAUCUGAUCGCAGUUAG